AAUUCAUAUCAAGUGUAAUCCAAAAUCAGGACGUUGACAAAACUUCAUGUCAAUUGUACUAGUCAAACCAAAAUUAGGCUAUUAGUAACAGGACAGCUUGACUAAAAGAUUGCGCUUACAGCAUCGUGCCGCUAGAUGUCAGUAAAGGAUGAAUGAUGUUUAUCCGGAACAGUCCAAAUAACGAAAAGCGCUGGCGAGUGAAUUCACGGACCCCUACAUAUUGGUAUAGUCCCGUCUGCUUUCAUUGUCAGACAGUUGCGUUUCAAUUUCACUAUUGUUAUUUCAAAUAAACUGUAAACUGCUUGUUACAACAGAUUCCAUAUCGCAACAAGGAUAAAAUCAAGGCACAGACGGGAGACAUUCGGGCUUUAAACUUUAGAUCUGCCAGCUGCCAAGACAGAGACCAUGGCGUUUCAGAUGUCAAAACUUGCUGCUCGUGUUUGGCUCUCCAAAAGCGUUGGGUUCACAUCCAGCGCUGGGAACAGAUGUCCGACUCAUCUCGAUUUGGUCAGCAGACUUGCACAUCGCUCCCUUCAUGCGCUCAAAGCGCUGCCCUCCCCGGGGCUCUUACGUAAAGCAGACAGGUGGGAGAAGGUUUCCACGGCCUCAAAGUCACUUCACAGGCGGAGUGGAGGGGCUGUUAAGCCGCGCCGCAUCACCGGGGUUGUAGUGGGCGCCGUGGGGGUCUCUGCUGCGGCGCUGGCCUCUCUGAGCACGAGCACGCGGCCCGAGCUGAACCUGGACUCAGAGAGCAGCGACUGGACAGAGGCGAAGAAAAAGCUUUGCUCCAUGGAUAAGGAGAAGAGGAGGGAAACGUACAGGGUUGACUUCAUUCCUCUGGAGAAGAUUCCUGUCUGGAGUCCAUCAGGUGACUCCUCUUGUAAGCCUCGGUACAAAGUCAAUGAAGAGCUGAAUGAGAAAAUAUCCCUCUUCAGUGGUGACAUCACAAAACUGGAGAUCGACGCAAUCGCCAACGCAGCUAACAAGACACUUCUGGGUGGAGGAGGAGUGGAUGGUGCCAUUCAUCGUGGGGCUGGUCCUCUGUUGAGGAAGGAAUGUGCCACUCUGAACGGCUGUGAAAUGGGGGAGGCCAAGAUCACCGGAGCCUACGGUCUGCCUGCAAAAUUACGCUGGAUGGAUAAGGCGAAGAGCAAACCUUGCCUGUGUUUACGCUUGAUCGCUUCAAAGUCAGCACCAUACUUCUGUAGAAACUAA